AUGCAGUAUUCAGAAAACCUUCGCGGAAGAGCAAUCUCAUCUCGCCGGGACCAACUCUAUGAUAUAUUAUCAGGUUCAAACGCCGCAGCACAAAAAGAGGUGCGCGGUGGACGAUCAGGAAAAGUGAUCUUGUGGGUAAGAGAGAAUCUAGGAUUUGAAGACGGGAGAGAUGAAGACAUCGCCAGGUACAUCAGCGUCGGAUUGAAGCAAAUUGUGUUGGAAGAUCUACUCCAGGAGAGGCUCGAUGUCGAAGACCAAACGGAGGCAAACCCGUCUGGAGUCGGUGUGCUCACUACUCUGGCAAUCAAGUCUUUUAAAAAGCUUUCUCUACUGGAGAUUCCGCAAUUCCUGGAUCACAUCAUCGCCGCUGAAGUUGAUUCACCAGCCCUGGGGUCAAAGGGGACCAAAAUAGGAUUCCUAUAUUGGAUCAGUGGGCUCUCUCGAAAGAUUGCAGAAUUUCUAGCUCUUUAUGAUGAAAGCAUUGCGAUUGAGAACCAGGCAAGCCAAAAUGCUACGCGAGUUGCUCGUGAAAGUUGGCGCCAAACACCCAUUUUGACAUCGCCCCAAGAUGCACCUGCGGACUACGGAACCCCGCAAUCACGUUUGCGGGCUUCAAAUACAUACGCUGCUCUGUCGUCAUCGGCAGCUCAGACCGAAAGCCCCUGA